GUUACUUAACCAUCUCUCGGAUGAGAGCAGCCUCACUUUUUCUGUUUACCAUCUGCAGAAGAAGAUGGAGUCCUGUUUUGUGAGAGUUUUCCUGCUGCUGGUAGUCUGCCUUUCUCCAACUCAAGCAUGUAUUCAAGGUUUUCUGCUAAAUGUGGAUUUUCCCGGGUCAGACGUAGUAGAUUUGUACUCUCCGUCCGUGGAGCAUUGUCAAGAGCUUUGCACCCAGCACCCAUCGUGCCUCUUCUUCAGCUACAAUCGGCCUGAGAAGUCGUCAGGGAGUUUUCGAUGCUACCUGAAAUCAAGUUCUUCCGGACACCCACAGUCUCAGGUUUUACUGCUGGGCGUCACUUCAGGCUAUUCUCUCAAAACCUGCAAUCUGGAGCCGACGCUUUGUUUUUCUCAGGUUUUUGAGGAUGUGGAUUUCCACGGUGGGGAUUACGAAACCUUUUUCACUGCAAACUUUGAGGAGUGUCAGAGGGUCUGCACGCUUGAUCCCGUGUGUCAGUUCUUUACGUUUGUAACGGGGAACUUCUCAUCUCCGGAUGUCAGGUACAAGUGCCACCUUAAAUUCAGCUGGUUUGUGCCCAGACCGGCUGCUGUCGCGCUAAAGUCUGGAGUCAUUUCUGGAUUCUCCCAGAAACCACAACUCACUCAACACUUUGCCACUGUUUGUCAGAGCCAACUUUUUUCAAAUACCGACUUCAGAGGAAAUGACUUCCUGGAAUCGCAAGCCGUCUCUCCCGAACAUUGUCAGUUCCUGUGCUCCGUACAUCCACUAUGUACCUACUUCUCGUUCAGCAGUAACGACUUCAGGUGUUUCUUGAAGAACAAUCCAAACAGCAUGGUGGCCAAAACGAAAAGCAACUUCACAUCAGGAAUUUCAUCUCACCUCUGUCAGAUUGAUGAAAGCUGGGCCAAGCUGACCUACAGAGACAUCGAGUUUCGUGGCUCGGACUUUCGCUCUGAGGUGGUGAACUUUGUGGACAUCUGCCAGGAGAAGUGCACAGAGGACCCCAACUGUCAGUUCUACACCUACCACAACGGGAGCUUCUUCCACCCCGAACAUCGGCACCGCUGCUAUAUGAAGCGAGUCGUCACCAUGCCUACGCCUUCCCACAUUAGGAGAGUGGACAAUGUCAUGUCUGGCUUCACCUUGAGGAACUGUAGAAGUUCAUAAAAGUCUCAGGAUUUUAAAAAAAAAUCUAAAGCUCUGUUUGCAUGUGACAGAAUUCGUCUGUUAACUUCAAGCAAAUAUUUGCAGAUUUUUUUUUCCCCUGUUUUUGUGUCUGCAAAAACAAAA